UUUUCUUAUGUGGUGGAAAUGGGCUUCCAAAGUGAUCAGUUUAUCUCAUAAUUUCAAUUUAUGUCAUAAUUAUGUAUUUUACAUAUAUAUACAUAUAUAUUUUGAAUUUUGAUCUCAUAGUUUCAACAGUUUGUCAUAAUUAUGACUUUUUAUUUCUUAUAUUGUGAAAAUGGGCUUCAUUAGUGAUCGGUUGUCUCAGGGAGUUUAGGAAAAACAUCUGAGACAAAGUUGGGUCACACUUUAUUUUAAGGAGCCCUUGUCACUGUAUACAGUGUAUAUACUUAUAUGGGAUUAGGAAUAGGGUGUGGUUUAGGAAUAGUUGCACGUAAUUAUGCAUAAUUUACUGUUAUUACUACAGUAACAAGGACGCUGUAAAAUAAAGUGUUACCCAAAGUUGAUAUUUAAAUGCCUGGAACAUUUUUCUCUGGCUUAUGGAUUUCCUGCCACAGGUUACGGAUUUCUACUACACUUGCUAUGACACAAAGGAUGGAAAGGUUUGGCUGCGCGCUGCAGUGCGUCAGCAGGUCUUCAGUCAUCACUGAGUGUUUUCAUGCCGAAAACAUUCUCGCCUUGGCCUGAACCAGACUCCUGAAGAGCACGGUCCCCCAUCAGAGAUGCCAGCACACCUCCUGUUUCCUCUUCCCCACUGCGUCGGCUUGGUCAUGACACUUUGUACGGGUCAUUUAUGCAAUAACCGCCCCUCUACACACAGGCCGCUCCCCUGGGGAGUUUAGCCUCCCUAUAACCUCUGCGCUUGGCACUGAGACCACAUCACCGAUCACACUUCGCUCAGAAACUCAGAGUGAGCAGGACCAUGGCAAGAGUCUGGAUGAUGAAGAUGAUGAUGCUUUUCAAUAGUUUCUUCAUGUCUAGUCUAUCUUUUGACAUCCAUUUAGUAAAAGUGAACCCUAAACAAGCCAUCUCCGGUGUAACUGAAGUCUCCAUUGGAGAUAAAUACGCCUUAAAUGCAUCGGCAGCCAGAGAUCUCUGUGAGCAUCUUGGUUUGACUAUUGCAAGCAAAGCACAGGUGUUAGAGGCCCACAAACACGGUCUGGAGACAUGCAAGUUCGGGUGGAUAGACGAGCAAAUCGCUGUUGUUCCCCGAGUUCAGGUUAAUCCAAACUGUGGCAGUGGCAAGACUGGGGUUGUCGUGUGGCGUGCGAAUCUCAUAUCACAAUUUGAUGUGUUUUGCUUCAAUUCAACAGAUUUUGAAGCACAAAACCAGACUGCCAUAACCACUGACCAAAGGACAACAAGAAAGCCAAUCACAACACAUUCAUCUGUUUUUCCCACUGUUCAAGCCGGUGUUCAUCUGAGGAAAACCCCAUUUUCUAAACAACCUUCCCCAUCAUCUCCGCUCAGUUCCCUUUCUUCCUCGGUUUCUUCUCGCAGUCCCUCCGUUAACAACAUGGAUGAUGACUGGAAACAUGUUCCCAUGAGCGGCACCACAAUGAACGCUGUUCCGGCUGCCUUACUGAUCACAGUGACCUUUGCGGUCAUGCUUUCUGUAUUUCUAACACUUUACUAUUUCAAAACGCACAGACCCUGCAGAAAGCAGUGUGACGGCGAGCAGCAGAAGGAGUGCAUUGAGACGGAGGUUUGGGAGCACUGUAGUAAGAAAGACCUGCAGAAACCACAGGAGGAGCAUGUGGAGGAGAACGAGGAAGAAAACAGCAGCAGCUCUACAGAACAAGACUGACAUUUCUGUCUGUGUAUUUAUCAGGAGAUCAUGUGAUGGCUGACACUGAAGUGUUUGUGCGUGUCAUGAUAUUGUAGUUUUCUAAUGAAGUACAAAAUGGACAUUGGACAGUGGACAUUUAAUUUAAAUGGAUUGUUUUAAAAGUUAUUCAAAGUGUUACUAUGUAUGUAUAUAUAUAUAUAUAUAUAUAUAUAUAUAAAACAGUUCUUUCUGGUUCUCGAAUUUGAUUGGCUGAGAGCCGUGUGAUAUUCCCCCAGUAUCAGCACUGGAACCGUUUUUAUCAAUCCACUUGCGGCGACUGUCAUGGCAGUAGAGCAAAUCCACCAUAUUGACUCAUGCAUAUGUGACUCAUAUAUAAACAUUGUGCCUAUUUUACAAUUUGCUUAGACGCUUUUGCAGAUGUGAGCUCCAGGCCGCCAGUGCUCAAGUACCCGCAGAGAACAGCUUCAUCUCAGCCAGUCCUUCAGGAAUUUGCUGCUGGCUCUUAUGUAGAUAGUGGUUAAACAUGAGAUAUAAUUCAUUCUGGGUAUAUCAAACUGGCAAUCAUGGUCUUAUUAAUUUAUUACUUGUUCCAGAGCAAAUUGAUUUGGGUUAAGGGGAAAAUUAAGUUUUAUAACUUUAUAUUUAGGUUAUAUUUAACUUAAAUCCUGUACUAGAGCACUGCUUUUGUAUGUUUGACUGAAUUGUUUGCUUGUGUUUAUUUCCUAUUGUCUUUUAUAAUGGCUAAUGUUGUUAAUUUAAAUAUUGUUGUUCAAUAAAUGUUAUUUUAUAUAAACAAUA